AUGUGCUCCCACCAGGACAAAGACCAGUGCCACCAGCUGGAGCGAUCCUCCUGCCACGGCAGUGAAGGCUGUCACAGGAGCAGUGGAUCUGGGUGCCAUGGCAGCAGUGGUGGAUCUGGAUGCCACAGGAGCAGUGGAUCCGGAUGCCACGGGAGCAGUGGUGGAUCUGGAUGCCACAGGAGCGGUGGAUCUGGAUGCCACAGGAGCAGUGGAUCCGGAUGCCACGGGAGCAGUGGUGGAUCUGGAUGCCACAGGAGCAGUGGAUCUGGAUGCCACGGGAGCAGUGGUGGAUCCUGCCACGGCAGCAGUGGUGGAUCCUGCCACGGAAACCCCCAGGAGUGCCAGCAGCAAAUCUACCAAGUAUCCUCCAAGAUGAAGUGA